UUGCUCCGGGAGGGGCGAGUGUUGGCCGCCCGGUGGUGCCGCGGCGCCCCCUCCUCCCCGCUGCCCCUUGAGCCUGGAAGCGCGAGCGGACGAGCUCUGCGUCGAGAUGGUGGCGGGGGCGUUUGGAACGGAAGCCCGUUUCGUCCGCGCGCGCGCGGGCCUUGCUGCGCUCCGCCUCUGGGUCCCCAGGAUAAGAGUUAAUCUGGUGUCAAAACUUCAUUCAGAUAUUGAGAAAAAAAGCCUUCAUUGUUCAUGGAGUUUUUCAUCAGUAUGUCUGAAACCAUUAAAUAUAAUGACGACGAUCACAAAACAGUAUUUCUGAAAACAUUAAAUGAGCAACGCUUAGAAGGAGAAUUUUGUGACAUAGCUAUUGUUGUAGAAGACGUGAAAUUCAGGGCCCACAGGUGUGUGCUUGCUGCUUGUAGUACAUACUUUAAAAAACUUUUCAAAAAACUGGAAGUUGACAGCUCAUCUGUAAUCGAGAUAGAUUUCCUUCGGUCUGAUAUAUUUGAGGAAGUUCUAAAUUAUAUGUACACAGCCAAAAUUUCAGUUAAGAAAGAAGACGUAAAUUUAAUGAUGUCAUCUGGUCAGAUACUUGGUAUUAGAUUUUUGGAUAAACUCUGUUCUCAAAAACGUGAUGUAUCUAGUCCGGAAGAUAAUUCACAAUCAAAAAAUAAGUAUUGUCUUAAAAUAAAUCGAUCAAUUGGUGAAUCUAAUGAUAACCAAGACGAUGAAGUUGAAGAAAUCGGAGAUCAUGAUGAUAGCCCAUCAGAUAUGACAAUGGAAGGAACUCCUCCUAGUCAUGAAGAUGGCAAAUCGCCAACUGCUACUUUAAGAGUUCAGGAAGCAAUUCUGAAAGAGUUGGGGAGUGAAGAGGUCCGAAAAGUAAAUUGCUAUGGUCAAGAAGUAGAGUCCAUAGAGACUGCUGAAACUAAAGAAUUAGGACCACAAACUCCUCAAGCCCUAGCCUUUAACGAUGGCAUAAGUGAAGUAAAGGAUGAACAGACACCAGCAUGGACAACAGCAGCUGGAGAUAUGAAAUUUGAGUAUUUGCUUUACGGUCAUAGGGAGCAGAUUGCAUGUCAAGCAUGUGGCAAAACAUUUUCAGAUGAGGCACGAUUGAGAAAACAUGAAAAGCUUCAUACUGCUGAUAGACCCUUUGUUUGUGAAAUGUGCACCAAGGGCUUUACCACUCAAGCCCACUUGAAAGAGCAUCUAAAGAUCCACACAGGCUACAAGCCAUAUAGUUGUGAAGUAUGUGGAAAGUCUUUUAUCCGAGCUCCAGAUCUAAAGAAGCAUGAGAGAGUUCACAGUAAUGAAAGACCAUUUGCGUGCCACAUGUGUGACAAAGCGUUCAAGCAUAAGUCCCACCUGAAAGAUCACGAAAGAAGACAUAGAGGGGAAAAGCCUUUUGUCUGCAGCUCUUGUACUAAAGCAUUUGCCAAAGCAUCUGAUUUAAAGAGACAUGAGAACAAUAUGCACAGUGAAAGGAAACAAGUAACCACAACCAGUGCUCUCCAAAGUGAAACAGAACAGUUACAGGCAGCAGCCAUGGCGGCUGAGGCAGAACAACAACUUGAAACUAUAGCUUGUAGUUAAAGGCAAAAGGAACAGUGAGUUGAAACAUUUUUUUGUUCUGAUAAACUCACUACUGAGAAAAAAUAUUUUUAAAGGGAUUUAGAGAGAAAGGAAUAUAGUUUGCAACUUGCAAUAAAGACCACCCCAUCAGUGACAUUAAACAUGGGAUAAAGCCUUGAUUUAGGCAACUAUCCAAUUGGAUAUAAAUAAAAACUAGAGUCAGACUCUUAACAACCAGUAUUUUACUCCUCUGUUAACAACUUUGGUUUCAGUGCAUGCCUAGUCCCACUGGAGUAAACUCAAUGCAUGUGGAAUGGAAGGCCUUACACUCCAAUGCACAAUGAAAUUAAGCUGAAGUAUUUGGAUUUCAAUGACUUUUGUUUCAUUGAUUGCAUUUGCUUGGCAUCCCAAUCCUAAGUAUAUUUGCUGUGAUCCAGGGAACCCCUAAUUUCCCUUCAAGGUUGUCAGCAACGUGAAAAGUGACAGGACAAACUGCUGAGUCAAAAAUGUACACUGAUUAGGGAUUCAUUGGAUUGCAGCUGUUAUAUGGAAGUAAACCUCAUGGAUUUCCAUAAAAUUAGUUCCAUGUAAGUAUGGUAAGAUCAGCUCAAGUCCUAUGGUUUCAUUGGCCUGCAGAUCGUGCUGUUAGUGCGUAUUGAACAGCUUAAAUAAAUUAUGUCUGCUACAACAGAUUUUUUUAAAAUCUUGAAAUUAUGAGUUAGAAUUAAUGCAAGAAUUGGUUUGAAAAGGGAAAAAAAUAUUAUGUUUCUGAACUCUAAUCAAAACUCAAGAAGAUGUUAUGACUGUAGUAUUUCAUCUAAUAGCUCUUUGCAGUUGUCUAGUUCCAGCUUAGCCUGCUAUAAUUGUCACUGCAAGUUGUUAAUGCAGUGUGGGGAAAUGAACAAUGGGAACUAUGGCGAAUUGGGAACAACCUUGCUUUUUUCUUGCUCUAGCUGAUGAGUUAGUGUAUCCCAAGGUUUCUUUGUUUUCCCAGAUCACCUAACAUGAAGGCUGAAAUCCUAUGCACACUUAUUUUGGUGUAAGCGCCAUUGUAUUCAGUUGGGCUUACUUGUGAGCAAACAUGUACUGAAGCAGGCUACAGGACAUCAUAAACUCAGUUUUUCUCUGUAUUUAAGGACUUGUAGUUCUCAAAUCUACUAUAUUAUUAUUGAAGUGACAAGCUCUUUCAGGAGCUUCAAGAUCCUGCAUGACCCAUUGGGCCAGUUUGCACAAUCACUGCAGCUUCAACAAGCUCCCGUGAUGUUGCGAACCAGGUCAUUGGGAGCGGGUUCCUGAUAGCACAAUAAAGAAGCAAUCUAAUUUAAUUAUUUUAGUCUUCCAAAUCAGUGUCAUGCAACAAUAAGGUGUGGCCUGUUUUCUCUGUUGCUUGUCAGAAUUGGUGUCUUUUAGAAAUUUUUAUUCUCUAAGGCUCUGGUCUUGUAUGCCUAUGUGAUGUUUCUUCAUACAUUUUGCUUUGAUCUUCCUGUCCUGGACUCAAGGUAAGAAUUCCAAGCUGAAUCGUCUGUUUUUAUCUUAGUAAUAUUAAACAAGGCUUUUAAUUGUUUUCUGAUAGGGAGCCCAAUUCUAAGGAAGUAGAAAUAAGGGGAAACAGCUAUUGCAAUAGUGCUUAUGGGUGAAAGGUGAAAUUCACCUACUAUUCUACAAGCAUAGAUCUCAUUUGAUGAACUCACAGUAGCCUCUGAGAUCCUUGGAGUACAUCGGCAUUGUUCAAGAAUGCACAAAUCUAUCAUAUAUCAGCACAAUUUAUUCUGCUGCAGAGAGCUGAAAGAAGUCAAGACAAUUGGUAUGGCAAGGAAGCAAUGUAGAGAAAGAGCUAACAUUAUGUAAACAACAGCUCAAGGGAGACAGUGAGCUGUAAUAAAACCUUUCCUUCACAAGGCUCUUUUACUCAUCUUGAAUGCUGUAUAGUAGGGGUGCAGAACCUCAGGCCUGGACCCUACCCCUAUAAGUUGGUAAUUUCUUGACUUUUGUGCAGUCUUUCCUUUAUUGAAAUGCCUCUCCUAAAGCUUAGUUUCGGACAGCAAGAGCUUUAAGCUGAAGAAUGCUGGUCUUUUUCGCCUCACCUCCCUUUGGCCCCACUCACCCCUGUAAGCUUUUCUAGAAUGGAAUUCAGCUGUCAGGCUGAUGGGGUUCUGCACCCCUGCUGUGAAGCCUAGUUUUCACUGAAGUGGUAAACCUGUGUCUAGGCUACACCACUUCAGGUUGCAAUUGGGGUUUGCAACAGUGCUGUUCCAUACAAAUAGAUGCCAGGAAGAAAAUUCUAGCCUAGUCUCCCAGAUAUGGUUAUUUUCUGUAUGGACAAUAUUCAUGUGAGCCCCACCCACAGUCUGAAGUAGCACGGCCCAGACAUAACAUUAGUAUCCCAGCUAGAACUAGGCUUACAUUAGAGGCCUUUUCAUGAAAACUGAAGGAACUGCUAUGAUGGAAUAUGAUUUGGAAAGAAUGAAUUUGGAGAGAACAGAAAGGGACACUAUCCUCUUUGAAUUAAAAAAUUUAGAAUUGCAGGGCUGAAUUUGCUUUUUACUAUGAUUGUAUCCAAUGUUAGUCCUACUUAGAGUAGAUCCAUUGAAAUGAAUGAGGCUUAGGUAGUUAUCUACCUCCCAUAUAUUUCAGUGGAUCUACUCGUAAGUAGGGCUAACAUUGGCUAAACCCCUAUGUUCUCUGCUCAGAAACUAGUCUUACAGGGGCACUCCUGUGUGUGUUUACUCAGAUGUCCACUGAAUUCAGUAGGGAUGACUCCUUAGUGUGUAUAGGAUUGAAGCCUUAGCCUGCGGUUCAAUUAACUGAGAUAUGUGUUGUUUGAGAUUUGCAUUCCGAUCAUUAACAUGACUUUUUGUAAGUCCUACUAAGUUCAACUGGGCUUAUUUCCUAGUGAGUUUGCUUGGGCUUGCAGUUUAAUACCAGAGCUUAGAAGGCUCAGGUAUCUUCACAAAAUUCUUGGAACAGGCUCCCCAUCCAUUUCUUACAAUCUUCAAAAGAAUAAAGAUGCCUAGAAAGGGAUCCAUUCAAGGAAUUAAUAGAAAAUUUCUGUCGAAGGAACCUUUUCUAUAGAAGAGAAGGGUAAACUUGUGGAGUAAUUUCACCCCAAAUUAAUUAACUGAACUAAUUUGAAAUGCAAACCUGCCAUUCAGAUAUGCUUUAACACGUUUCAUUCUUCAGUUUCAUUUGUAACAAACUUUAGGAUGGGAUUUCUGUGCAGUAAAAGGGAAGCUUGUAGUCAAUCAAAGUGUUUAAAGGAAAUUUCUGCAUACAUUUAGGUUUAAUUGUUUUUCAUACUUUUAUUAUCAAGUUUACAUUUCAAGUAACAUUGGAUAAAAAUGUGUUCUUUUAACACCAGGUUAGAAUGAGUAUUUAUAAAUUAUUGUGUGUCAAAUCACCUACUGCAUUUCUAAAUAGUAAUUAAGACUAGAAUUUUUAAGCAUUAUAAUAAAAUUGCAUAUAUUGGUCUUUGUUACAGUGUCAUUGUGAAUCAUUCAUUGAAUAGGAAAGUUUAAGUUAUAUAUUAAAAUGCCAAGAGUUUGAAAAUUGUCCUGUAAAUAAAACAAAAAUAUUUUGGAAUACAUAAA